UUCCGGUGUUAAAUUUGACAUUUUAUUUGAACUAUUGCCUUUUAAAAUUAAAAUCAUGUAAAACUUAUGUUCAGCUUGCAGACUUUUUGCUUCUUCAAAUAUUUGGCGAUGUUUGUUUAAAGUUUAAUCCCUUCUGUUUACUGGAAUUUUAAUCCUUGACAGUAUUCUAAAGACCAUGAGCUUCAGCUUCUUAUAUUAUUGAUUUAUCAGAAAGGAUUAAUUUUUGAAGAUGUUUCGGUGGAAAAAGGAUAAAGACAAGGAGAAGGAAAAAGAAGAUAAAAAGAAGAAAGACAAGAAAGAUAGAAAAGAUCGUAAAUCAACUUUAGAGAAAGAUACCUUGACUCAAGAUGAAUUGAAACGUUUAGAUGAAGUCAGAAGAAGUUUCACAAGUCCUCGAUCUUCCACAGCAAGGGAUCAAGAUGAUGCCUCUGAAAAACAAAGUAACAGCAGUGAUUACAGUCUCAGCUCUGCUCAUGAUUCCAGCCCAUCAGGCAGUAGCAUUACGAAUAUGGAUGCAAGCAAAUCUGGAAGUCCUUCUCGUAAGCCACCUCCGGUGCCCAAGAAACCAACCUUACUUGUGAAACCAAACCAAAUAAAUCAUAACAGUGAGACAACUCCAUCUCCUCAAGGAAGUACUUAUUCCAUGGCUUCAUUGCAUUUAGGAACAGCUAAUUUAACCAAUGAGAUGAUGGCCUUCAUGGACCAAAUGAAUCAUCCUGGAUCUGGUGAUAUCAACAUUGGUUUAGUAACCAGUCAAGCAAAGCCGAGUGUGCCAUCCGCACCACCCUCACAAGUGCCUCCUGGAGAACAAGGGGGCUAUGGAAUAAGAUGGAAGUCGUACGCUUCAAGUUUGAGGCUUCCCCCAGUAACUUGUUUACCUCCUCCUCGAAUUCGAACAUUACUAAUCAAACGUCAGCCAACUGGAGAUUUCGGUUUUGCCCUGCGCAGAGCUGCGACAUUGGAGCGUCAUUCCCCAGAAAUUGAGUCCAGGGUUGCUGUUGUGUUUGCCGAGCCAAGUGGGCUUGGAAAAACCAAUGAAUCAGGCUUGCUGCCUGGUGAUCGUCUCUUAGGAGUAAACAAUGUAUCAGUUGAAAAUAAGCCCAGAGAAGAAAUAAUUGAAUUAAUCCGAUCCUCUGAAGAUAAUGUAGUCCUAAAAGUACAGACGGUGCCAGAGUUGAGGGAGCUGACAAAAAGAUACUGGGAUGAAUCUUCUGAUGAGCCAGAUAGAAGUAUAUCUGGAAUUGUAUCACCUACAAGUGUUAAAAAGUUCACAGCAAUGGCAAAAUCCGAGGAAGAAGUUGAUAGGGAGAAAAAAUGGCUUUCUAAAGAGAUGGUCUGGAUUGUGCAUAAAGGUGGUUUUUCAGCUGCUCAUCUAGUCAAAACAGAGAAACCACCACAAGAAGGCAAAAUGUUUGUGAAAUUAGAAUUCACAGAUGAUGUUUUGGAAGUGAAUGAAGAAGAUGUUGAAAAAGCAAAUCUUCCUCAGUUUGAUUUCCUUGAGAAUUUAGUUCACUUACGUCACGUAAAUGAAUCUAGUGUUCUUCAUACCUUACGUCAAAGAUACUGCUCUCAAUUAAUAUAUACGUAUGCUGGAAAUAAUCUUUUGGUGUUAAAUCCCAUGCAACCUCUUGCUGCUUAUUCUGAAAAGGUCAUGAAAAUGUUUAAGAGCUGUAGAGAUGACAAUGUGCCUCCACAUAUAUAUGCUGUUGCACAAUCAGCUUUAAACAACCUUUUGAGAACUCGAAAAGACCAAUCAAUUUUAGUGCAAGGUCGAAGUGGUAGUGGAAAGACCACAAGUUUCCGCCACCUGUUGCAAUAUUUGGUUUCUGCAACUUCCUCAAGUAAACAAGUACUCACAGGUGAAAAAUUAAAUGCAGUUUUGACAUUGCUUGAAGCCUUCGGGAACUCAAAAACUGUGAUGAACACGAAUGCGUCUCGUUAUACAAAUUUUUUUUCAUUAGAUUUAGAUCAUUUUGGACAAGUGGUUUCAGCAUCUGUGCAAAUUUAUAUGCUUGAGAGAUCAAGAGUGAGUAGGAGACCUGAAGGAGAGCCAAACUUCCAUGUGUUCUAUUACUUAUUGGCUGGAGCUGAUGAAAGUUUGAGAAAAGAAUUACAUUUUGAGAACUUGCAAGAUCCAAAUCUUUUUAUGACACCUCUUCACAAAGAUGAAGAUCAAAGAAGAGCUUGUUUGCAGUGGGCAUAUAUUAAUGCAGCUUUCCAAACUCUCUCUGUUAAAGAAGUUGAAUCCAAGGCUAUUUGGUGUAUUUUAGCUGCCAUAUAUCAUUUAGGAGUUGCAAGUGCUUGCAAAGGUAGUAAUGGCAGACUGCAGUUUUCUAGACCUCAAAGUGCUCAAAAAGCUGCUGCUUUGUUAGGUUGUACUGUUGAAGACCUUGCUAAAUGUAUUUUUUCUCCUGAUCACAGUGGUCCAGUAUCAGGAAAGGUGUCACCCAGGUCAAGUGAUGGUACUGUGGAAGCAAUUGAAUGUUUACAGGCUAUGGUAUCUGGAUUAUAUGCUGAAGUGUUUAGUGCUCUCAUUUUUCUCAUUAACAGAGCUAUAAACGGAACUGGUCGAAGCAUGGCAUCUAUUCAUUUGUUAGAUUGUCCCGGUUUUCAAAAUCCUGCUACUUGUGGUCGUAUCAUGGGUGCUAACCUUGAAGAUUUGUGUCACAAUUAUUGCCAAGAAAGAUUGCAAUCACUUUAUUAUGACACAACUUUUCUCACUCAACAAGAAAGAUAUCUUCAGGAAAAUAUUGAGUGGAACAAAGAAGAAUUUCAUAUUUCUAAUCCAGCUCCUCUCAUUGAUGUAAUUGAUCAUACCCCUCAGCAAGGCGCGGUUCGGGCAUCUACAGCUGAUCUUCGUGAAAUUGGAAAGCGAGGACUUCUGUGGCUGCUGGAUGAAGAAUCGUUGUUUCCCGGUGCGAGUGAAAAAUCUUUCUUAGAUAAAGUGUUUACUAACUACUCAGGAAAAGAUUAUCAGCAAAUGGUAAGAAAAGGGCCAUAUAAUCAUCAAUUUACUGUUCAGCAUUUCCAUGGUACUAAUCCAGUGGUGUACUCAGUUACUGGAUGGCUACGUUACUCAAGAGAGCAUCCUGCUGCUCGACAGGCUUCCUAUCUUCUUCAAGAGUCACAGAAAGAUUAUAUAAACCAAUUAUUCUCUGCAUCUCGUGGUGUGUUUGGAGCAUCUGGGAGCAACACCUUGCAUGCUGAUGGUGGUUCAACACUGAGGAGAAGCUCCAGUAUGCGACGUGCUCAAGGCGUUGCUGCUGCAGGAGUGAAAAGAAGAUCUCUGCCUCUGCAAGUUAAAUAUACAAUGGACGGAUUGGUGGAUCUGUUGCGUCGAACUUCAGUGCAUUUUGUCCACUGUCUUUUGCCGAGGCAUAAUGCAGGCAUUAGUGAAACUAGGCUAUCUCCUGUUUCUAAUAAAGGGGCCUUGGGUGAGGAAAUGCUUAACAUUCCACUUCUCAGAUCACAGAUACGUGGGUUCCAGGUUCUUGACACUAUCCGAGUUCAUAAACAAGGGUUUCCAGAGAAUAUUACAUAUUCAGAGUUUAGAAGGAGAUUUGAAUUAUUAGCUCCCAUUGAACAUCGUGUGUCUUCUCCAGUGUAUGAUGAAAGACAAGCAGUAGAAUCACUAUUGGAGCACAUUGAUGUUGAAAAAACAGGUUAUCGUCUUGGACUCAGCCAGAUAUUUCUCCGUUCUGGGACAGUUGCUCAACUGGAAUUAAAACGGGACGAAAAAUUGAAUGGUGUAAUAGCUUCUUUCCAGGCUCAUGCAAGAGGGUAUUUGGCACGUGCAGCUAUUAACAAGUUGAAGGUUCAAGAUUUAGCGAUCAGAUGUAUACAGAGAAAUGUAAGAAAAUUUUUGGCAAUACGAAGCUGGCCUUGGUGGAGAUUAUAUGUGAAAGUCUUGCCUUUAUUGGAUGUUCAUAGAACUGAGGAAGAAUUAAGAGUCAAGACAGAAGAACUAGAGGUUUUAAAGAUUAAGUUGGAAAAAAUUGAGAAGGAAAGAAAUGAACUCAAAAUUGUCAAUGACAAAUUAGAAGUGAAGGUGUCCGAGCUAUGGUCAGAACUGGGAGAAGAACAAUCCACCGCCACCCAUGCUUCAGAGAUGCUGGAAGCAGAGACCAGCGAAAGGAUGAGACUGGAGAAAGAAGUGCAGGAACUUCAGAACCGUUACAGUCAAGUUCAGCAAAGGUCAGACAAAAUGGAGAUGGAGAUAAUGGAGUCAAGGGUGUAUCGCACUCCAGAACUCAAUGGGGAUAUUUCAGAAGAUGAUGAUCCAGAAGCUAAUAGUUCUCUUUAUAAACAAAAAUAUGAAAGAGCGAUUAGAGACAUGGAAAUCAUGAAAAGAAGAAUGCAACAGCAACAUGAAGAGGAAAUGGAACAAAAAUCUAUGCUGAAAAAGGCCUCUGAUAAAAGGCUUGCUGAAGCAUUAGAAGAUGUGGAAGAAGAGCGCCAAGUAGCAAACAAUGGAAAAAGAAAAGCACAAAAAUUAGGAGCCGAAUUGCAAGAUCUGCGGCUUAUGCUAGAGGAGCAAAUGACUAGAAAUGGUGAACUGGAAAAGAAACAAAGGAGGUUUGAUGCUGAAUUGAGUGCAGCUCAAGAGGAAAUGAAAAAAGAGAGAGUCUUACGAGAAAAAUUAAUGAGAGAAAAGGAUCAAGCAGUUCAUGAAAAGUAUUCUCUGGAACAAGACCUGCAGGCAUCUAAAAUCGAUUCAGACAUGCUUCAUGAGAAAAUUACGCAAUUAAACAGAGAACUUGAUGAACUUUCAUUGAGCAGCAAAGGGGAAGAAGAGGUAACUCAAUUGAAGCGAGCAAAACAAGAGCUUGAACGCAAAAAUAGAGAUCAAGAAGAAGAACUUGAAGAGUUGGCUGCUCAAGUUCAGAUGCUGGAACAAGCAAAACUACGGCUUGAGAUGUCUCUUGAAAAAGUGCGCCAAGAACACCGACGAGAGGCUUCUGUGAGAGAAGAAGAAAUUGAAGAAAUAAGAGCUAGCUUCUCCAAAAAAAUAAAGAACUUAGAAGCCCAGUUAGAGAGUGAACAAGAUGAAAGGCAUCAGUUGAUGAAACAGAAACAUGAACUUGAGCGUUGUAUUUAUGAGCUAUCAGAUCAGCCUCCUCCUCAGGAUCCAGAAAUAGAACGCAGGCUAAGAAGGGAUUUAAAGCGAACCAAAGCACUUCUGAGAGAUGCUCAAUCCAUGUUGGAACAUACUCGUGAAGGGCAAUCCGGUAAAACCCUCAUUAGGCAGCUCAAAAACCAGCUUGAGGAUUCUGAAUUUGCAAAAGCUGCUGCUGUCAAAGCUCGUCAAGCUGUGGAAGCUGAGCUGCAGGAAUGUCAAACUCAACUGGAAGAAGUUACAAGAGUUAAAAAUGAGUGUGAAAGUCGAGGUUUGCAAUUAUCUCGUGAAAAGAGUGCUAUCCAAACUCAGCUAGAAGAAGCAGAAGAAGAAAUGACUGAAGUAAUGAAAAAGUACAAAGCAGUUGUAGCACAAAUGUCCAUUGAUCAGAAGAGUCUUGCUGAACAAAAUCAACAGAUAGCCGAAUUAGAAACAGAAAGACAAAUGCUGAAAGAUCAGUUAAGUGAAGUAAGUCAUAAGUUUGAGCACCUUGCCACUCAGUCUGAAGAUACUCAUAAAGUUCAUAGACUCGAUAGCAAAGUUCGUGAUUUAGAAUCCAAGUUAGAGCUUGAACAAACGACCAGGAGUCGUUUAGAGCAUCAAAUUAGUCGUUUGAAGGAGCAAAAUGACAGAAUGAGAGAAGAGAGUGAUUCUUUGCGCAACAAGGAACUACAAGCACAAGAAGGUGUUAGACGCUUGCAGAGACAGCUGAGGGAUUUGCGUGAUGAUUAUACCAACUUACAGCAAAAGGAAGCUGAAGCAUACAGAAAACAGCAUGAAUUAGAAAUGGCACUAGAAAACACGGAGACAGAUCUUCAGGUCACUAAAAAUGACUUGCGCUUAGCUCUACAAAGAAUACAAGAUCUGCAAAAUGCUUUAGAAGAUGAUUUAGACUCCGGUACUGAUGUUCCAGAUGACAGUGGUUCUGACAGUGAUAGUAGCUUGGAGCUCUCGGUGCUGCGGAACUCAAGUGUGACUCCGGUGCAACGCUGUGAAAGUGUUGCCAGCAAUCUCAGUUACAGCACUGAUGGACCAAGGUCUCGGACAUCAUCUUUUAGUCGCGGACUGUCUGCAUUUGGCAGUAGGAAUGAUGCUGAGAAGGACAUCAAUGGAUUUUCUGGGCUGAAUGAUUCCAGUCAACUGAUUUAUACAGAAAAUGACGACAGAAUGUGAAAAUGGAUAGGACCAGUCCAUUUUCUCUUCACCCCAAAAGCAAGACGUACAGGUGGCUGGCCACAAACUAUUGAAUUCUAAGGGGUGCAGGAGAACAUUUUGAGCAUUUUUGUGGUAGAAAAUCUGCCUUUUGUGGUGCAGUUUUUUCAUCAUCUUGUUUUGUGACAGAGAAAAGAAUAUGCCAAGAGUUGUAUAAGCAUCGUUACUUUGUUAUUUUUCUUUUUGCUUUCCUUGAUUUGAAAUACAGCUUUUGAGCGGCUAAGAAGAAUGCUAUAAUUCUUUCCCCAUUAGCUUUUGACAUCAUUCAACUAGAUUAGAAUUGUCUGCAAUUUGCAAUUGCUUAGAAUGUUUUUGAAAAUUUCUUUUUUUAAAGUAUAAUUUAUUGCCAAAAAAAUAGAGAGUUUGUUGUUUUUGCUUUUCAGGUUUUGAUUUCUAGUAUGUUAUUUUUAGUAAAGCAAGUGAUUUGCUCGGAUAACACUUGUGUAUUUUAAUUGUUAUGCUUUUGAUACGAACAAAAAAAAGUUAUAUUUGUAAAAUGUUUGCUAAAAAUAUAAUAAUAUCUGUAAAAUGUUUGCAAUUUACAUUAAAAAAAAGUUGUAUAUGUAAAAUGUUUGCUGAUAGUUAUUUCCUUUCAUAUAUUUUUUACAAAAUUGUUUUGUUUUAAACAAAUUAUUAGAGAUUUAUUUAUUAAUGAUAAAAUAUAUUUUUGUGUUUUUCUCUGAGAGUUGAUAUUUUUAAUGCUAUAUCUUAUAAGCUCUCUGCAAUUCCUCUGCAUAUAAAUGAGAUUAGAUGAAAAUAAUGUCUGAAUGUCAAUCUGUCUGUGAAUGCGAUACUUAAAUCAUUUAUGUCCAUUGUAUUUCAGAAAGUGCUGUUAUAUAUAUAUCGAUCCAUUUCAAAUUUCUUCGUCCAUUGGUAAAGCAUUUACACUUAUUUAAUACCUAAAGGUAAAGGUUAUCUUUGGUAUAGGCUAUCAAAACAGGAGGGUUGUUUUAAAUCCAAAGUUCUGAUAAGAAUUUACAACCUAUAUUCAGUUUAUUUAUUUAGUUUUGGCAAAGUUUUAUUUGGUGUUAUAGCAGUUCAUGCAUAACUUAUAUUAUAUUUUUAUCUAUUCUUAAAAUGCGAAAUAUUUAUGUAAAUGUCUUUUUUCUUCAGCCUUGUGUUAUGUAAAAUAUUUUUUUUUUUUUAAAGUUCUAAUAUAUUUUAAGUAAACAAAUUUAUUGUGACUUUCUACGAGUUUUGUACAACCAUUUAUUUAGUAUGCACGUUUUAAAGCCUUAUAAGGGUAUGAUGAUAUUGAAACAGUAAUUUUAAUUUAAAUGGUUUGUUUUGAGCAUUCAUGUUAAACAUUUGUUAUUCUUUGGAACAAUAGAGUUAAAUGUAUGUUUACUUUAAUUUAUGUUGCCAAAGCAUGUUUAAUUUCUUCAGUUUUUUAAUGGUUGAGGAAAUGUUCUGACAUUUCUUUCUAGAGUUUUAUUUAAUGUAAAAUAUUUUUUAAAAGCCUUAUACAUACUUAUAAUUUAUAUAGUGUUUUCACAUUUUAAAAUUCUCAAAAGUGCAAUGACUUGCUUUUAUCCAAUGAUAGUUUCUAUUCAUAUUGCAUUUCUAUAAGCUGAAUGCUUUAUGAUUUAGAAUAUUCUAUUUUAAGUGAAAUUAAGAUAAAUUUCAAUGUUUUGGUCAAAAAGUUGCUUAUUACUGUAGUGAGAACUUCAUGUGAUUUUAAUUAAUGUGUCAUUUGACUUGAAAAAGCAAAGCAAAAGUGCUUCAUUUUAAAAUAUAAAUUGUUCAGGCGAAAUAAAAUAGUUAAAUGUUGGCUUUAGAAAAUCUUUUGCCAAAUGUGUUUUGGUGUGUGAUGCAUAAAAUCUAUUUUGACAGUGUAGACUGUUUAAAGGUGUGCAUUGUCUUUUUAUAUAUUUUGUACAAAUGAGUUUAUACCUUCAUAUGGAGAAAAGUACUUAUUCUGGUACACUCCUUUCGUUUUCUAAUGCAAUAAAAAGACGUGAAAUGGAA